CGCGCAUAAAGUAUACAGAGCUGAACCGAGGAGAUUUGAGGUUAUUUUGACGAACUGAAAAGAUGCCCGAACCGUCGAAAACCGCCCCAGCACCUAAGAAGGGCUCGAAAAAGGCUGUGACCAAGACACAGAAGAAGGGGGACAAGAAAAGGCGCAAGACCAGGAAAGAAAGCUAUGCCAUUUACGUGUACAAAGUGUUAAAACAAGUCCACCCGGACACUGGUAUUUCAUCCAAAGCAAUGGGCAUCAUGAAUUCAUUUGUGAAUGACAUCUUCGAGCGCAUAGCCGGCGAAGCGUCACGCCUGGCUCAUUACAACAAGCGGUCGACCAUCACAUCCCGAGAGAUUCAGACCGCCGUGCGCCUGCUUUUGCCAGGAGAACUGGCCAAACACGCCGUGUCCGAGGGCACCAAGGCAGUGACUAAGUACACAAGCUCCAAGUGAAGGUAGGAGCACAAGAUGGACUGAACGGAAGAGGCGCCUACGGAAGACGGAAGUGAGCUCUGCUCUUUGAUACCGCAUGUUUAUUCCGGGGUUAUUUUGAAGGCAUUUUACAAAAAAGAAGAAGAAAAACCCUGUAUAUUGCAGCCAUUCGUCUUUUCUUUCUUGCUUUUAUUGAAUGUUUGUCCUGAAAUGUACUUGUUUGCAUGUGUGAAUGAAGGCACAGCUUUCCUCAUGUAUGUAACACACUUGGUGCUGUUUAGCUCCAGAAUCGCUGUGGUGCCUGACAGAAAACCUGGGGACAUUUGGGGGUGGGACACGAUUUUAUGUACUGUAUGUAUAUGUCUUGAUAAUGAACAUUAGUUCACAAUGACUUUUGUCAACUCUCAGAAUAAACACGUUGACACCAGUGCA